AUGACUGAGCCACGAGCUGGGUACUGUUUGCAAUCCCUGCGUGAGAGGGUUUCUCCUUGCUAUGGACUAACAGUGGACACUCAGAAGGACAUGCAACCCCCAAAGCAGCAGCCAAUGAUCUAUAUCUGUGAAGAAUGUCACACAAAAAAUGAAAUAAGUUCCAAGGAUUCAAUCAGAUGCAGAGAAUGUGUAUAUCAAAUAACAUACAAGAAAAGGACUAAAAGAUCAAUGGUUUCUGACUCUCGAUGA